AUGGCAACACCGACUGUAUUUAAGUCGAUGCUGGAUGGCAAGGUUCUGAAAAGUCAGACACGUGAAGUUAUUUCUAAUGUGAUGGAUUUUAUGAGUAGAGAGGGUAAAGAGGGAACAUUUGUUAUUGACCCUAAGAAAGUGAGAGAAAGAGUGGCAACAGCUGUCGGUGUUUCGCGGCGAACUCUAACCCGUAUAAGUGCCGAAAAAAGAAAAUUAGCUGAAACAACGACUUCCUUUGAAACUCCAAACAAAGUGAGAAAGGUGCCAAAAAAGGUAACUGGACUCGAUGAUUUUGAUCUUGGUGUUAUAAGACGGACAAUCAACAAUUUUUAUUUGACCGAGAAAUGUCUACCAACACUGAAGAAAAUUUGUUCAAAACUCGAAAGUGAAAUACAUUUUACCGGGUCUAUCUCGAGUUUGAGAAGAAUUGUUAGGAAAAUGGGCUACAGAUGGAGAAAGACCAAAUCAAACAAACAUAUUCUCAUGGAAACCCAGGAUGUUGCUUACAAACGAUUUGUAUAUUUGAGAAAAAUCCAAGAAUACCGGAAGGAGAAGCGCCCCAUAGUUUUUACGGACGAAUCUUACAUCGAUUCAGCUCAUGUUUCCGGAAAAGGUUGGUCCGAUGACUCAAAUGCAGGAGUGGCGACCCAAUUGUCCAAAGGCGAGCGACUUAUUUUUCUACACGCAGGAGGAGAAUUGGGCUUCGUGAAAAACUGUUUGACAAUGUGGAGAGCCAACAUAAAAACAGGAGAUUAUCACGACAAUGUGAACGGCAAGAUGUAUUUUAAAUGGCUGACGGAAAAAUUAAUUCCAAAUUUACCUCCUCGGACUGUUGUGGUUAUUGACAAUGCAUCUUAUCACAAUGUCCAAGUAGAUAAGAGCCCAACUUCGAAGAACACUAAAUCAGAAAUGCAAGAUUCGCUGAUACAGAAGAAUAUUGCAUUCUCAUCGUCAUCACUCAAGAUGGAGCUCUAUGAGUUAAUUAGGCAACACAAACCGGCGCACAUUCGCUAUCAAAUUGACGAAAUUAUGAGAGAACAUGGACACGACAUCCUCAGGCUCCCUCCAUACCAUCCCGAACUCAAUGCCUCUGGGCUGAUGUAA